UUUCCUUGAUAUUAGAAAUAUUUUAAAAUAUAUUUUCUUUCGAUGCAUCUGUGGGCGAAUCUUAACUUCGCAUAGUUGCCAAUUGCGAGUUGGCCCAAACAAACACAGGGAAAGUCGGAAACUUUCAAGGAUUCGAACAAGGCCAAAGGCAAACAGAAGCGGGCGGACACAAAAAACAGGGGCUUACCCUCAAUAUUAUGUCACUUUACUCGCCAAAAAAAAGCGCCCAAAAGAUAAACAACAACAAGCGACAGAUGCAGAGCCGUCGGGUCGUGGUAAGCAUGUUAACUUAUGGCUGGGCUUAGGCCAACAAAGGCAAAAGCAGCAACAAAAACAAAGGCAGACAUUUCUCUUACGUCAGAGAGUCUGGCCCACACACACGCACACCAGGGCACGAACGGAAAAUGAGGUUAUUGCCAAUCCCGUCUGCAAUGCUCGAGUAAACAUUUUAACCUAAUUUUUUCGCCCUGGGAGCGGGACGUUGUUUCGGGGGCUUCAUGUGUGUUUGUUUGCCAGCGGAGACGCCCCAGACAAUGUGAUGCGAUAUUUUCUGCUGCCUCGGAUUACCCAAAAGAAAGGAGGGAAACACUGCAAAAACAAUCUCUAACGUCCCAUAAUGCAAGCCACGCAUCUGCCAUAUCAUUUAAGGAGCCCCUAAGUUCAGAUAUCACAUCAUAAAAUGCAUACUUUGGUACUACUGAAUGAAAAACCUUCAGAAAACAUUUCCAGGUUAAAAACCUUUUCUACAAUUUGUAUUGUAUCUAAUAAGGGGAAAGUUUUUAAGGGGUUUUUAAAAUGAUAAUCUUUUUUGCACCGAGAGAAACUUCAAGUAUUGUUUUGUUUAAUGUUUAUUCGCUCCUAGUUUAUGGAUGGGCUUGAAGUGGUAAUUAUAUUUUUUACUUCGAAAUAAUAGUUUACCAUUAAUGUUUGUGCCGUUAAAGGUGCUUGUACCAGCUUUCAAUCGAACCUUAAAAUGGUCGUUAGAGAAAAUGGUUUUAUUUAAGCAAGGAACUUAAAAAAGUCAACUAAACAUACAAAUAUUUAUGUAUACAUUUAAAAAGUCUUUGGUCUUUAUAAAGAGCGUGUGGCAUUCUGCGUAAAAUUAGAAGACAUCACUUAAAACGAUGUCGUGUUUCACAAUAAAUUCAAGUAAAACAAAUUGGCUUGUACAAUCAAAUUAUAGGAAACAUGCCGGCCCACAGGGAGCUCUGACCACAUACAUAGUUUCGCGAGUUUAUAAUUUACAAAAUUGCAUUUGCAUAUUUGUAUAAUUUACAAAGUCCGCCGUCGCCCAAAAUAUUCGUGCUCUAUUAUUUGUUGUUGCCCGCGCAGAGAUUUGUCAUUUCUUUCAUGCUCGCUUGCACACAUCAAUCGCCAGGUGGUGAGGUGGGGCACUGGGGGGUUGAGACACACACGAAAAAAAGUAAUGCAAAAGCCAUAGAAAAAGGUGGCCAACGGAAUGUGGAGCAUGUUGAGUUAUGCGAAUCGCCUGUGUAGAGAAUAAUCGGUGUGUACAGAAGAUUUUAGGGCACUUCAUAAGAUUACUGAAUAUUACGAGGAACAUAUGUGUUUUCUUAGUAUGUAUAAUAAAAUGUAUCUUUAUAAAAUUAUUUAUUUCAAAACUUAACCGAAAACAAACUUAAUUUCAAAACAAAAACUGCAUUUUCCAACACUGUUUGGAAAUGUAAAGCGAUCAAAAGAUUCGGUCAUACUAUUUUAAUCGAUAUUAUCGUUAUCAACAAAGGGUGCGAGAAAUAAGAGGUGGGUAAAGUUUUUUGUUUUUUUGAUUUUAAAAUGAAAAUUAUAUUAUAAAUGGGAUAGGACCUUCUAUACUUUUUUUUAGAUACAUCUCUGGUCUUGAAUUAGUUAAAAGGUUCUUAUAGACAUUAGUAAUUAGGGCUCAAAACUCUAUUCUUUUGACGUCACAAGCUUUUCUUCUGCGCCACCUUCUCAAUCUUCCAGUCCAUCCUUUUCCAUUGCUUUCACUCAAGAACUUAUUGAGCUUAUUUCCUUUACUUGUACCACAAUGACUGGUAAAAAGAGUAAAAAAUCAAUCCAUAUUGAAAGCAAAGCCACUAAUGCUCCCAAAAAACCCCUGAAACUGAGUCUGGCCGAUUUCCAUAAUCAGCUAGCCAAACAAACUACACAAAAGAAUGGCGAAAAGAUGAACACCAAUAACUGGGAACUUUCUGGAACUCUCGGUGGAACUCGCGGACGUGGAGUUUGUUGUGAAAAGCUUCCAGUAGUUCCCAGAUAUCUGGGGGAGGCAAAGAUCCAGGAGGCAACUAACUCUAAACCGGGUGGUGGAGCUCCCAAAAACGAGAGUAACCAUGCAGAAGCCAGGAAAACUCCGGGAAAGUUGGAGGAUCCGGAGUCCAAUGGUCAGCCCAACAACACAAGUAGUACUGGCGAUCCCGCCGUCCCCUUACCGCAAAGACCAAAUCCCCAGGUCUCCUCUCGAGGUCGGCCCACCACGCAAGUGCGAACCUGUCCCCGGAUCGCCACGCCUCCCAGAUAUGUGCCGCAGGAACUUCAGGAAGUGGAUCUCAUGACCUCAGCGGAUUUUCGCUAUGAUUACGGGGCAGAUCUGAAGAACAUGCGAUUCCGGCAGCAGGGUCAAUAUCACAUGCAAUUCUUCAAAACUGUGAUGUAUCAGAACCGGCAGCUCUUCAAGGGUCGCAUCAUCCUGGUCCUCUCCUGCGGAACUGGUACCCUGGCCCUAAUGUCAGCCCAGCUGGGCGCCAAACGGGUCUAUGCCGUGGAUUACUCCAAGGUUACCGGCUAUGCGGCGCUGGUGGUGCGCCACAACGGCCAGGAAAAUGCCAUCAAGGUUUUACAUGGACACAUGAAGGACUUGGUAUUACCGGAGAAAGUCGAUGGCAUUGUAUGCGCCUGGAUGGGUCACUGCUUGCUCUUCGAAUCGGAGAUAUUGGAGGUGCUGGAAGCCAGGGAUCGCUGGCUGAAGAGGGGCGGAUUUAUCCUACCCGAUCUGGGUUCUCUGUACCUUGUCGCAUCCGCGGAGCACAACCUAAAGAACGAUCGCUGCAAUUGGUGGCGGGAUAUCUACGGUUUCAAUAUGAAUGCCAUGCGUCGGUACUCCCUGGCGGAACCGCGUUAUGCCAAAACAAGCGGCGAAAAGCUUCUGACCCUGGCUCAUGGGAUUUUAAACGUAGAUUUGCGAAAAGCCAAGAGGGAAGACCUCUUUAUAGACCGAAAAAUAAGGCUUAAGGUCAAGAAGGAGGGCUUCCUCGAGUGCUUUCUCCUCUUUUUCGAGGUGCAGUUCAGUGGCUCACCCUUCAAGAUGAGCUGCAAUCCCUGCUGUAAGACCCCCUACAAAUUGCUUUGGUUGCAAACCGUGCUUUUCGUAGAGCAGCCGUUUGUAUUGCGCAGCAAUCUGCAUUACACGGGUAACCUGAAAUUCAAGCCACUGAAACCGAAUAGCUUAAAGGAAAUGGAAAUACGUAUUGACUUCUACGAGGGCCUGGAGGAAGAAGACGAUUGGGCCGUGUGUAUUCGUCGGGUGGCCAAGAGAUGGCUCAUGCUGGAGCGCUUUCAGACUUUCAGUGAGGUGGAGAGCUGUCAGGAUGAGCUGGGGGAGACUGGUGACCAGAUCUUUUAG